CCCUGAGUCUCACCAAAACGAGCCACAAAAACAGCCAUUUCCUCUUGGUGGGGAGGUGGGGGGGCCUUUUCCUCACUGCAGUGGCUGUUCCUGUCCCGGCACUCACAGCUCAGCUCUUCGGAGAGGGACAGGGCAGAGCAACCUCCUCGAGAUACUCCAGACUUGCAGAUCACCUUUGGGAUGACCACACUCCCCUCUGGGUCGGCUUGGCUUUGAGAGGAUGACAUCUGUCACCGUUUGCAGGAUAUUCUGAAGUUUGCACCCAAAGCCAGGCUUUUGGAGCAGCACUGGUUGGCUUGGAGGAUCCAGCGCUCAGCAGGCUACAGCGAGCAUCCCAUCCCACUCCUGCCCCACCGCAGCUCAGGCUCUCCUGCCCUGACACUGGAUUCUGUUUGGAUUCACCCCGUCCAACACGGAAUGGACCUCCCUGUCACCCAGUUCACCACGGGACUGGCGUUACUUAUCAAAGUGCAAGAAGGUGGAUAAGUUAACACUGGGAAGGACCUAACAAAGCUUCGUGUUUUUAUUUUAUGGAAUUCUCCUAUCUACCUCACAAAAGUCUCAUUUCCUUGGUCAGAAAUCCCUCUGGAGUUGACUUCAAGAAUGAACGGUGAUGUCCUCUAGCGCCCCGUAACAGCCCAGCGCAGCCGCCAGUUCCCAGCCCAAUUUCAAUGUGCUGCAGCUGACCAGGACCUCGUGUCGUCUGCAAUUAGAGACUGGCAGCAAGCUGACAGUCAGAUAUGACUGUCCAGAAACUGGUAGCCACAGCUGUGUUGGUAGCCCUGGUCUCACUCAUCCUUAACAAUGCGGCUGCCUUUACCCCCAACUGGGUGUACCAAACGCUGGAGGAUGGGCGCAAGCGCACUGUGGGGCUCUGGAGGAUGUGCUGGCUGGCAGAGCGGAGCAGAGGGGGUGCAAGCACCAGUGCCAGGCAUGGGCAAGGGGAGGAGCAGGAGUGUGAAGCCCUGGGCUGGGGGUCAGAGUCGGCUGGGUUCCAGGAGUCACGCAGCACUGUCAAACUGCAGUUCGACAUGAUGCGUGCCUGCAACCUCAUUGCCACGGUGGCUCUGACUGCUGGCCAGCUCCUCUUUGUCCUGGGGCUGAUGGAGCUCCCCAUCAUCUCCCAGGAUACCCAGUGGUGGGAGGAGGCCAUAGCUGCUGUGUUCCAACUUGCCAGUUUUGUUCUGGUUAUCGGACUGGUGACAUUCUAUCGUAUCGGACCAUACACCAACCUCUCGUGGUCCUGCUACCUGAACAUCGGAGCCUGCCUUCUGGCCACACUGGCAGCUGCCAUUCUAAUCUGGAACAUCCUCCACAGGCGUGAGGACUGCAUGGCACCCCGGGUCAUUGUCAUCAGCCGCACCCUGACUGCUCGCUUUCGCCGUGGCUUGGAAAAUGACUAUGUUGAGUCACCAUGCUGAAAGAGCACACUUGAAAGAUGAAAGAUCACCAAGGAAAUCUGCAUUGGAGUUGUUUUCUAUAUAUACUAUAAUUUAAGGGUUGCAAGACAUGACAAUGUUCAUUUGUUUGGGCAGAGGCCCUCAAUUAUUAUUUGGAUGGGCUCCAUCUCUAUACAUAUGUAUAAAACACAUAAUUUUAUAUAUAUAUAUAUAUAUAUAUAUAUAUAUAAUAUUAUAUUGCCCUCUCCUUCUGCUGUACAGCACAGAAUUGUUGGGUUGGCUGCAUGGCAGCAGGGUCAGCUGGAAAAGAUAACAAGUGUAUGCAAUGAGAAUACAGGAAAGAGGGAACCAAACACAUUUUCUCUGUCUGCAUCAAGUUCUCCUGCUCCCUAAAAAUAAAACAAAAA